UAUUUCAUUGAAAUUCUAUUCAUUUUGACCAUUAUACAAUAGAUAUGACAGAAAGUUGAAACAAUCCUAGACUCUUCUGAUCAUUAUGCAGCUGAUACGGUAAAAUCCUGCAAUAUUUCUUUACUUGCAUCUAGAAACAGAAAGGUGCAUCCAAACAGGCAAUAAAGUUAAAAGCCUCACCAGUUUUAUUAUACCCUACCACAUUAUUUAUAGUUAUGAUUACUUUAGAUUAAUGUCAAACCCUAAUCCUAUUUAAGAAGGUAGGGUAUGUCAGAGAGGUAAUCUUAGCAUGAGCAUAUACCUAUCCCUAAACUAGGAAAUGCUAACCCACUAUUGAGGGAACUGCACUCUAACAAAAAAUGAUACAUCAGUAUCUCCUACCAUGAUUGUGUGCAAACCCGAUGGCAAAAUCUUGUAGCCUGUUUUAUCCGCAAUUGCUAAGCUUUUACAAGCAUUAAAUGCAAACUUGACCUUCUUCUCCCCUCCUGCUGGAACAAAUACCCUUUCAAAUCCAAUUACUUGCAUGGCAUGAGUCCCAAUAAUUCCUUUUGGUGGCUUUGAGUAAACAAUGACGGCUUCACUUCCAUCUGCUUUCUACAUUCUUAAUUGUGGCCUCAAAUCCAAAUUCAUGUUCACAACUUAAAUCAUCAACCAAACCGGCAGGGCAAUGUGGCUUGUCAUCUUCAUUUUCAUAAUUCAGGCUGUUGCAGUGGUGGUACUUGUUCAAUUUUAUUUUAAUUGAAGUCUUCAAAGGUGUUAUAUUCAAUUUGUGGUAAUCUUCCACCAGACAAGAGAAAUUCAAACUAUAAAUAUUCAAUUUGUGGUAGAUAUUUGUUUGCUGGUAACAUCCUAAAACUUGGGCGAUCUUCAUAUGGAGGUAGUCUACUUGUGUGGUAAAGGCUGCUAAUUUUGGACAUUUUGAUCAUUUCCCACUUGGUUUUACUAAAUUUUAUCGCAAAUUUGUUUUGAAUAAUUGGUCAAAUUUAAAUAAUAGCAUUGGAGAGCAAAAUCAGUUGAGAAUUUUCAGGCGAUUCACUCCUAUCCCCUACACUAUGGCUCCGAUUUCAAAUUCUGUCCUCACACACAAACUUGCUUUCUUUUAAAAACCAAGGACGUCUUGCUUAAAACUCAAUCAUUCAAAGCCUAAACUUAAAACUCAAAACCAUGUCUGACGAAGAACAGGAAAAGGCCGAGCAUGAGCGCAUCUUCAAGCGCUUCGAUUUGAAUGGCGAUGGAAAAAUUUCUGCGGCGGAGCUCGGCGACUGCUUGAAGACCCUCGGCUCCGUCACUCCCGAUGAGAUCAAGCGGAUGAUGGCGGAGAUUGAUACUGACGGUGAUGGGUUCAUUUCACACCAGGAGUUCACAGAUUUUGCCAUGGCCAAUCGUGGCCUAAUGAAGGAUGUUGCGAAGAUCUUUUGAUGUCACCAGUAGUUCAAUUUUAACUACUUGUCGUUUAAAUUUUUCUAUGUUUCAGUUUUUAUAUUUACUAGCUUUCUUAAACGUAUGUUGUA